AAAUAUGAAGCUGGGAAAGAAAAGAGUGGGGAAACAAGAAGGACCUCCCACUUUUGGUGGCAAGCUGUCAAACCAGCUUAGCUGUAAUAUUCAGCUUCAAGAAAAGUUUUGCUUGAAAAGACAAACAUCAAACUAAAGAUUUCCUAAACAGAGUUGAAGUUGAGAAUUCAAUUCAAACUUGCAGAUGCUAAUGUGAGCCUGUUUUAUACCUCAUUAAACCAUCAAAGCUUCAGAUUUAGCUGUGACUUUGCCUUUAACAUUUGUUUCCUUCAGUAAUAUCAUGAAAUGAAACAGUACUUAAUAAGAUGCAAAUACCCUCAGCCAAGUUUACUGUAGUCUUACCACAUACACUAAGUGGCAGAGCAAUGUAUCAGUUUAAGAAACUGCUAAGAUAGUAAUAAACCUUAGUUCAGCAUUUUCUUGGCUGCAUAUUAGUAUGCUAUCACUGAUAACCUUUUUGUUUUCUGUCAUACAGAGUAUCCAGCAGAAAGGAUCGUGUGAAUACUCCCUAACGGUGUAUGGGCAAAAUUAUCCCAGAUGUCAUAAAACACCUUUUGUUGAAAGCUAAGCAGAUGAUGACUUUGAAAGAAAUUGGAUUGUGUGUACCUGCCCUGGUCUGAAGACCACAGUGGCUAUACAUACUUCUUUAGAAGCUCUGACGAGCAAAUGGGAUGUGUUUUAUGGCUGACAAAACUGUUCAAAGUAAUCUAUAGCAAGACUAUUCCUUACUUAAAGGCUGAACAGAUCUUUGAAAUGCCUUUGUCUGGCCAAAUGUUAGUACAUCUGUAUUAACUAGCAACAAUUCACACUGUGAAAAAUGAUUGGCUGUAGGUCACGUGAAUUAAGUCAUGAACUGUGUUCACUUUCUAGAGUAUAGCUUGACUACCCUGAUAAUUAGAAAACAUUCAAGCAGAGGAUGCCACAUUAUUCAGCUGUAAGGGUUAAUGUACUAAUGAUAAAAGCUAACCUGAGCAAAUAAAUUGACAUUUCAAUUUACCAUAUGUGAUAUAGUUUCUAUUAACAAACACUAACAAUGAUGAUUAUUCCUAUGGGCUGUAAAUUCUCCUCUUUCCUUUUUCAGAACUAUGACUCAAGACAGAAAAUUCAGUCUUUCUCUAACAAGUUGAAGUGCUCCUUCUUGAGACAAGCUAUACAGCAGAACGACUGCAGUAGAAGUUACAUUUGUCCUCUUGGCUAGAGUGUAUUGUGGAUUCACUGUAUAAGAACAUUUUCAAAGGUACAACUACUUAUUUUGAAACACAUCUUCAGAGUAAAAAAAGUAAAUAAAUCCAGAGAACAUACAAAUGUCUAAUCAUUCCCAAGAUAUUAAGGAGAAUUAUUAGAAUUAAGUUGAACAAAGCAGGAGAAACAGAAAGAAAUUCACCCUUGCAUUACUGAAGAUUGUGAAACAAUGGAGUCUUUUAUCUGCCAACUUCUACUGAGUUUGCUUAGCAGGAAGCAGUAGAUGAACCCCAAUACAUCAGAAUAGCUAUGUGCAGAAUGCUGCCAUCACAGCUGACAUCAGUCACAUCACUCAAACUUCUUGAGAAACUGGUUCAAUGGUGCUUGAGAGAAAGUAUAGAAAAAAUAUAACCAAAGGAAGAUUUUUAGGAAGCCAGAAAAGCUAAAAGGGGACAGAUCAUGUGUUUGCCUUUCCCUCAGACUCUGAGGGAGCACAAAGGUAAGGAAUGAAAAAGAAUAUUUAAGCAAAGCUCCAUGUGUAUGAGCACUAUAGUAGUAUGAGCAUGAUAGCGAUGGGUUGAUGGUUGCACUUGAUGAUCUCAGAAGUCUUUUCUAACCUAUGAUUCUAUGAUUCUAUGCCUUUGGUCAGCUUGCAAUGUAAAUGUUAACAUUAUGUUAUUGAAAUAAUGUAUUUUGCUCUAGGGAAUAGAUUAGAAAAUUGAACUUUUAUGUAUUUCCUUCUCCAGAAUUCAAGGUUGAUGUUGAAAUGUUUGAAAUUGAAGUUAGCUUUGUAUGUCUUUUUUUUUUUUUUUCUUUCUCUUUUAGCUCUAGAAGAUACAGAUUCCUAAGCUGCACAUAAAAAGCACACUCUUAAAAUUCACUGUCUCACUCAGGGACACAGCUUUAAGGUUUUUGUAAGUUUGAGAACAUUUUCCUAAACAUCCUUUGCAUAAGCAUCAUGCCCAAAGCUAAGCAAAUGCCGCUGUUGGGAUGUGACAAGCUUCUAAUCUAGCCUUGAUUGCACUGUGGAAAGAAAUGAACAAUGGAAAGUAAAUCUGGUAUUUAAUAACAGCACAUGACAAUGAACAUUUGUUGCCAAGAAUUAGAAACCCGUGGGCCUGACUUAUAGAACUGUUGCCUUAAUUAGCCUUUUUCCUGAAACAGAUUUAACUUUUUUGUAGUCUAUAUAAUCCUGCCUGCUUAAUCUGUUUCGCAAGUCCAUUAAGAUUCUACUAAGAAAGGGAUGUUUUCUAUUCUACUUGAGAACACACAAAAAAACCACUUUUCUGCCUUAUGCAGCAUAUUGACCAUACAACAAUGAAGAAAUUGCUCCAUGACUGUGAUACAGUGAUUUGUAAAUCCCUUUCAUCCCAGUCUUGAGAAAGACUGCUAAUAAAAGAGUAUUGCUUCAUAUGACUUUUUGCAUGGCUGUAGACUACAUACCUCCACCCCCAAUUGCCUGGGCUGUUUGCAUACUGGGGCUUUGGUUGCUGCUACAGAUAAACUGCACAAAUAAAUGAAACUGGCUGUUACUUGAUAUUCACUUGUCUUGUUUCAGUGUAUGUAUGUUCACAACCUCUUCUUUGCCACUUCUCAGUAGUACAUUGUGACUGUAUGGGAGUAGAGAAUAAUGUUGCUUUGAAGCAAUUAAAAUUUCAAGAUGCACAGUAUAUCUAUACUGCUUUUAGGCCUGUGGAACCAAAUUGUAACUCCAAGUAUGAAUCUUUUCCUAUUACAUUUGAGCCUGUAUCAUGGUAAUGUAUACUGCAGGUUUAAUCCUAAUAAUAGCAAGAGGAUAAUCAUAGUAACUGUGUAAUGUUUUUAAUUUUCUGGUGUUGUCUGUAAAUAUUUUCCUGUUUAACAAAUUAUGAAGGAAUUUUGCAUGAUAAUGCUGUUGAUUUUCUGUAGUUUCCUUUACCCUUGUGAUUUUGAAAUACUUUUUUGCCCAUGAAUUGGAUGAUAGUGAUCAUGUUCCUACAGAAUACAAUUGCUUUCAUGUAUUCUACCUUGCUGCUGUGCUAGUAACUACCGUGUAAGUCAUCAUUACCAUCCACCCAAGCAUUCACAGGUACUGUCAUCUGUAGCAUGUUACCACAACUCUAAGAAAUAAUAAUCUGAAGUCCCAGUCUUUUAUAUGAAAUUUUCUUUUUUCUUUACUGUUACACAGGCUCUACUGCUGGCCUAUUUGCAGUACGCAGUGUCAAUAAAAUGAAAGAUAGUUUUAUAUCCUCAGUCAGAGGGAAGGUUAAAGGAAGAAUCUGCGAAACAACUGGAAUGACUCAUCAGUACGGAGAGGUUUCUAAUAUGAAUGUUCAGUGUGCUUUAGGCAACUUUAGGCAGUGUAAGUUUCAGCAGAAAGUUUUGUGCUUUGAUUUUUGUAGUACCAAAUAUGUAUUUUAAAAAUUAUGUCUUUCCUAUGUAAUAAAGAGUCCUUAGCUUCAUAUAAAUACUAAGCAUCAGUCAAAACUGACACAUAUUUUGAUAUAAUUCAAAUUGCAGGUGAACCAGGAAAAGGAAGAUGUAAGUAAACUAGCAGUAAUACCACACUGCCACAAAGCACUGAGAGAAGGAGGAUUGUUUACAUAUAAUGAACCCUCAUCCUGUCUGUUGGAACCCUCAUCCUGUCAGUCUACCAUUACUGUAAUAUAGAAUAUGUAUUACCCCAGAAGGAUUUGAGAGGAACCCACCAUUUGUUUUCUUCCAGUCACAAAGCAGUCACCAGUGGAAGAGCUGGAUUCAGAUGAUGAAAGGAAUGGCUCAUCUGAAAGUGAGAGGUACAGAGCAGAACACUUAAUACUAAACAGAAUCUGCGCACUUUGUCAUGUUUGUCUUCCAAGGGAAUAAAGAUGAAUAGCAUAAGCUUCAAUUUUUCAGGUGAGUCAGGUUGCUAGUACUUUCAUCUGCUGGCAAGAAUUUAAAGAUGGAAUUGCCUUCGACAAAAUUCUACACCACAAAAACAUGCUUCUUCCUACUGUAGAUACAUCAUCAGACGUGGAUUCCUACCCACAUAGAAAGUAAUCCAAAGAUCUGAAGACACCAGAUCUGGUCUUCAGAGUCUUACAGUUUAUGUCUGUGCGAAGUAGGUGUAAAAUACUACCCAACAUGGCUCAUCUGUUACAGUGAUAGCCAAUCUGUCUGCCUUUAGUGACAGCUGCAGGUGUUCAGUAGUUACUGGCCACACAAACACUUCAUGUGCCUUAAGGCCGUGGAUUCACGAUACUCUAAUACAUUAGUACCCUCUAUAUUUUCCUAUUCCCAACAGAGUCACUUCUUUUUGCCAUUGGAUAACUAUGUGUGGGACCAACCUCUGAACCAAAUGGGGGAAUGGAUUCAUCUUACAGAAUAUGCAUCCAAACUGAGUUUGUGUGGUGUUCCAAACAGAACAGAACAGUUAAAACCAGUUUUAAAUGAAUUGUAUCUAGCUUUCUAAAUCAGGAUCAGUAUUUCAAAGCCAAUUCAGGGUGCAGCCCCACAAAUAGUAGAUCCGAAAGAUCAGAGAGGACAGCAAAGGCAGGAUUAGAAUGAAUAAAUGAGGCUGGAUGAACAAGGUAUGCCUGAAACUGGUAUUUAUAUCAAAUAUCUUUUAUGACAAAACCCACAGCUUUAGGGCACAAUUUGUCACAUAUUAUGGCAGGCCAGCCAGCUCCUGUUUCUACUACUUUAUUGCAGGUAUGUUUUUUUAUAGUGCAUGUAACAAUUUAACCUAUCUUUAAAAAAAAAAAAAAAAGAGGAGAGAGACCAAAAGCAGCCCGUAAACUGUGGACAUGGAGGUUGGCCUUGUCUGUCUCCCCAUCCACAUAAAGCAAAUCACUGGACAGUGGGAACCAACAGUUGAAUGAUGGCAAGUCAACAUAAGUCAAUGUCCCAGGCAACUGCUUUACCCACAGUGUUAGCAGCAGCAGCUGAAUGAUGGUAAGUCCAAGUUAUGUCCCAGACAUCUACUUCACCUAGAGCAUUAUCAGUAUGUUGACUCUACUCACUGCAUAGCCACACCCAGGUUAUGCCAGGCAAUUUUCUCUUCUGUGUGCCCUAGGAGUCUUUCCCUUUUCAUUACCACCAUACAAUUAUGGGUAAAAAAGACAAUCUUAAUGUAUUGUAACUGUGUCACACUGCACUUGAAAUAGUUACUUGAGAAAACCAAAGAAAGACUGAACACAAGGUGAUAUUUCCUGUCAAACAAGGGUGUGCCACAUUAACAGAGGGCAGUGGAAAGGAGGUGUGGUAGUAUUGGCACUUAUAAAACAGCUCUGUCAGAGCAUUUUAUCACAACUCCAGCAAAUUGGGAAGAGAAAGGGCAGAACUCAUUCCAUCUGCAUGCCAUGUGCUUACUUAUUAUCUGUGCUUAUAAAGCAAUUCUGUGCUUAUUAAGUGAUAAAAUGGACUGACUUGCAUCAGAUGGCAUCUUAAAUUAAAAAUUUCUACAGUACACCAAAGGGAAUAACAUGUUUAGUACAUGUGUGUUUAGUACAAACAUAUUAGUAUGUGUGCAUGGUAUGUAUCUAUAUAUUCUUGAAUACAUUUACAUACUGCAAUAUGUGUAAUUGACAAUGUUUCUUCUCAGAAAUUCACAUCACUCUAAUGUCAACUAGAUAUAUUACUAAGGACACUGCUAUCUUACUUCCAUCAUUUGUUUCACAGCACAAUAAAUUUUGUGAUCAAGGCAAAGAAACAAUGGUAUUUGCUUAUCCAUACUCAGAAGUUAAAAUGAACAGAUGAUUUGUUAAAUAGAAGCAAUGACAUUUAUUUGAGUGAGAAUCUGAUGACUGUAUCUACAUAAAUAUAUAAUACAAUUCAAUUCAGUAUUAACUAGGGUCUUCCAUGCAAGCAGUUGCAUCUAGAGGUACUGUAGAAGAAAAUGGGAUACCUGCCCGAACUGUAGUUGUCUUACUUAGUUUUAAAUGAUAGAGUAGAAGUAAAAUGGCAUAUUAAUUCUGCCAGUCUGUUAAUAACUAGUCAGACAAGACUAAGGCCAUAUACUUUCAAUACAAGACAGUCAAAAUCAAAAUAGAAAAGUUGUGAAAGAUUCUGGAAAAGAUUGAUUCAUUCUUGAGAAUGGAUGUGAUAGGAUGCAGAGCAUGUUUGAAAUCCUUGUGUCACUCCCUGAACAUGUAGUAAUUGGUAAUGAAGUUGAUUGGAAGAAAAUAAUCCUAAUGAAGAUGAAAGAUCAAGAAACCACUGGAUGAUGGGUGGCCUAUGGUGUCUCAUUUGGAUGUACAUACUUGUAUUCAUCAGCAUAUUAUACAAAAUUCAUCAAUGAAUUAUCCUUAAAGCCUAAGUGCUUCAACAGCUGUCUAAGUUUUGCUUAAGUAUUGCAUUUAUGUUUUACUUCUGUUUAUUCUUUGGUGAGAAAAAGAUGUGCAUUAGCAUAUCUUCAUGUGGAAUAAGUUUAAUUAAAUUAUAAUGAAGAAACAAAUAUUAGAGCAGCUGAGUCGAAUGGGAAUGAAACAUUAUAGGAACACACCCUCAUUUUUAUCGGUGUUUUAAGUCAACUGAGGGCUUGUGGUACAAUUAAAUAAAAAGCCAAAGCUAUACACAUUACUGUUCUCUGCCAAGAUACUCUCAUGAGGCCAGUAUCGAGUUGUCAGUAAAGCCUGAGAAAGUGUAACUUGUAUGAAGUCAUCAUUAGUUGUGCAAUUUGGUCUGUUGUUUUUCACUGAGCCAUUUGAACUUCCAGUAUACAGUCUUUUGUAUUCACUUGCUGAUGAAUUCUUUCAUCACUGCUAUCUUGCAGAAUUGAUUGUCAACUCUCAGUAUGUGAGAGUAGUGUAUAGCAUGAUCUUCUGAUGUGGAUGGUAACAUUUACAUUUCGUAUGUUGUCGAAUUGUAUUUUAUUUGGAGUUGAAAAUCCAUGUUUCAGGUAGCUUUGGCUGAUUACAUGUUUCAGUGAAUUUGAGAACUUUCUCUACCCACAGUGUGAAGGUGUCGAAGUGAAUGAAAGUCAAUAAUUUGGCUUUUAGCUAUUGCAGUUUGAGUUAUCAAUAUAUGUGCUUCUCUUCACUGAAUUGUGGUGGUGGUGUUGGUGGCAAGGAAGGUGGUGGUGGUUUUUUUGCAUUAUAGCAGAAGUAACAACUUACGUAAAGCCUUUUCUUUUUUUUUUUUACUGCUGUUUGCACUGACAGACAUGUAAAGUGCAACAUACUUUCAGUGGCCAAAUACAGAUGUAUUAUCAGUAUGUGUCUUGAUCUAAGACAAAAUAUUAAUUUGCCUAAGAAAUAAUAAUUUCUGCUGAAUUUUUCGUUUUCAUGUUGUACCUGAGACUAUCAAAAAUGUUACUGAUUGCAAUGAGAAUUUAUUUGGGCAGACUUUAGGGGAAAUAAAGCUUUACAGAAAGUGAUUUUUUCAGUCACAAGGCAGAUUGAAAGGUUCAGGAAGUACUUGCAUAUUCAUCUCAUUAGGUAACAGAAGUCCUAUCACAUGGCUUGUCUGAUUUACCACAGCUUAAAGAUCCUGUCUCAACUAGUUUCAGUGAAUUAUUUGAAAGAUCAGAUUGGCCAGUAGGAAAAAGUUUCUCAUCAGCAACAUAGUUGCAGUGCUGGAGCAGGUUAUUCCUGGAGGUUUGGAAUCAUUGUCCUUGGAGGUUUUCAAGACUCACCUAGACAAAGCACUGGUGGUUCAAUCUGUGUUGGCAUAGUCCAGCUCUGACCGCAGUGUUGGACAGGAGGACUUCCAGAGAUCCCUACCUGCUAAUAUUUCAAUGAUUCUAAUUCCAGAAAACUGUUUUAAGAUUUAUUUGAAGAGAAACAUGAUUUCUAAUGAGACAAAAAUCUAAAUUUACUGUGUAAUUGUUUAAACUGGUAACCUUAGUAUAAGUUUAUGAUAAUAUUAGUGAAGGACAGUACCAUGCGUGUACAUUUGGUCCAUCCAUAAAUUUCAUAGAAAAACAGAACUUCAAUCUUCCAAAGCCUGUAAUCUGCAGAAACUCAACUAAACAAUAUACAGUUCAUUGGAAUUAUGUGGGAGCUGAGUAUGAAUACAACUUUUGUAGGAUUGGGACACCAGAUUGAUUGUCAGCCCAUAAAGGAGAGAAACUACAUAAAAUGAUAGAGAAAGCAAUUUCAUUUUUAUUUAUGUAGCCUAGUCAUCAGUUUUACAUUUUAGAUUGAAUCAAAAAGAAAUUAAAUUCCAGCUGGUGCAGGAUUGUGAGUGCUUUCAGUAUGGCUUGGUGAGGCUAAUAUCUGCAGGGUACCAAUCCAUCAGAAACCACCUUCCUGACAUAUUUUUGCAUAUUACCAAGCUUUUAUGAUUAUCCCAAUGGGAAUUAUUUUGAGGCCUCUACACUACAUUUAUAAUCAUUACAGACCUACCUGGCAGACCAAAAAAAACAGAUCUCUCAAAACAUCUGGACAGCAAUCAAAGAACACUGCAAAGCAGUUCUUCCCAUGCCCUUUCCCACUCAUUUGCUGUUAAAGAAAGGAUGCCAAAAAAUUGUUAACAUACAGGUUUAUGUUUCAAGAAUUACAGUAAGCUCCUCCUUCAGAAAAUGUUGCCACAGUUGCUUAAAAUCUAAGAGUUAAGAAUUGAAUGGCUCCUGAAUGUCUUUUCAUGUUUGCUUAUAGAUGACAUUUCCCCUGUCAAUUCAUUUCGGAGAGGCUGAGGCACACAGAAAAAAUUCUGUUACUGUUGUGCAAAUAAACAAGGGUCCAUACGUAUUUAACUUAGCUUCUUGGUUUCUCAGUAACAAAAUGAUGUCUAGAAGAGACCUUUGGAGGUCAUUUUGUCCACAGUCUCAGCAUGACCAAUUUUGAAGUUAGGCCUGACUUCAUAGUUAAUUUGCAUUUCUCAAGGCAUUUCAAGCUAUUUUACAAGAUUCAUAAUCAUUGUCUUCCUUUUAUCUGAUGGAUGGAUGGAUGGAUGGAUGGAUGGAUGGAUGGAAGGAAGGAAGGAAGGAAGGAAGGAAGGAAGGAAGGAAGGAAGACAAAUAACUUUUUGAUAUACAGGUUUGGAACAGAGGACUGACUUUUAGCUACUCUGAAAUUCAGAUAACCUAAGUUUUGCGGUAGAUCUGAACGUAGCAAGGAUAUCACUCCGUAUCUCAUGUCUCUAAGUUUCAUCCUCUUUUUAUUUGGCUAUCUCAAAAAGACUUCUGUGGUCAGAACAUUCAGUCAGUGGUGUUUUUAAUAAUAUUGUAGUAAAAGAGAGCCUUGUUUUUGUUUUGAAUUGUUUCUAUUUAUGGAACUGAGGGAGGAGAAUGUAAGAGUAGUAAGAAUGAAAUUGUUGCAGAUUUAUCCAUUUCAAGCACAAUGUAUUAAAUGAGCUUCUUCAAUUUUCUCAUGUAAUCUAAGACAGUUUUAUUUUCCAGUUUUGCUUUAUUAUAAAAAAUAAAUGAAAAAAAACAAACCCUACAAUGCUAAACUUGGAUAACAAUGAAUCUUUAUCUUUAAAACUUUUAUUCUCCAUCCAAGACAUUAUCCUUGUAUGGAGCCUACAAACAAGAACGUCUAUAAACAUGACUGCCAGGAUUAAAGCUAAAGGUGAGCCAUAAACUCUUUAUUUCAACAGGAUCUCAGUUACAAAUUAACUUUGCAUGCUCAGUGUACAGUGCUUAUACCACAUGGUUUUCAGGAAGUGGAUCCUGUUGCUGUUCUCUGAAGACAUGUGAUGUCAUUCCUCUGCAUUUUUUAAAUCAAUGAUGUGGCUGAGCUAUGCGUAGAGAAGAACGGGAAGACAAUUGCCAAACUUGCAAAUGUAUCAAGGUUUUUGGCAUUGGUGUGAAUAGGGUUUCCUUAACAUGACAUGUUGCUCAAGUAAAUUCAUUUUUUAUAUUUUUUUUUUUUUUUUUUUCAUGUUAGAUCCUACAAGACAGAUGCAGAGAUGCUGGCAUUCUUUAUGCCAGUUCACGGAUGCCUGUAAGCAUAAAUGUCAAGCUGUCUAAGAAUGUAUGAAGUGUAUAGUCUUCCAUACAAAUCCAAUAAUUAUCAUUUUGUAUGAAGUAGUUACAUGUUAAGGCUUUGAAAUGGCACCCUCAUAAAGGUAGCUAAAUUGUGCCAGACUUGUGGCUAAAUGCAGCACUUUUUUUUCUGUGAACAGCUAAAAUCCAUGUUUUCAUUCAUAUGUACAGAUGCUACCUUCCCCCAGACACCUCUGUGGUAUACCUGCAUUUGGAAUGGGAGCAAUAGGUUGGGAUAAGAACACUUGAAAUGAAAGUAUUUUUAUAGUGCUUAUAAAGGGAUAAGAAUCAUCCCACACACAAGUAACGGGCUGUUAAGCUGCUUCAUUACCAAUAUAUCCAACCAGGAGGAGUAUGGCUCUUCUAGACAGGCACUGAUGGAGGAAAAUAUAGCUGUUGUGUGAAUUCAGCAGUGCCAGAAAAUACACUGCUGAAUAUAUUCUUAUUAUGUAAGUCUAAGUAUGUUACAGAUUAAAGUUUUCACCUCCAUGUCUUUGGGAAUGUGCCCCUCUUACAGCAAUGAUAUAUCAUCAGGACUGCUUUUCAGCUGCACGUGAGCAGCAGAGACAACAGCUGAGAGGCAUUUAACAACUACCUUGUAAAUAAAGUUCACUGAGCUGCACCUGUGUGCUGUGAAGUUCUCCUCGUGGUCUCCACCAGUUGUUUCCCCCUGUGGUCAUGACGGCUUCGCACAGUGACUCUUUGGUGGUGUUGUUUGGGGCAACAGCUGGUGCAUAUGGGGCUAAACUGGGUUCGGAUGAGAGGGAACUAAUUCUCUUGGUGUGGCAAGUUGUGGAUCUCCCCAGCAAGAAGGUAGGGACGCUACACAAAUCCCUGGUGAAAGCAGACAAUUUGGAGUUAAGUGACCAAUGUCGUGAAGUGAGUGGUUUAACACCAGAGGGACUGGGCAAAGCUGAGCCUCUGGACCGGGUUCUUCAACAGUUUAUUCAGCUGGUAUCCAGUGAUUUGAAAGUAUUUGGAAGGAACUCUUACACCCUUUGCAGCGAUGGCCAGUUACUCAUUCGACAAGUCCUCCACCCAGAAACAUCUAAGAAGAACUUCCUGCUGUCAGAGUGCUUCUAUUCCUUUUAUGAUCUGCGCAAAGAAUUUCACACAUGCUACCCUAGUUCAGCCGCCGUGAAAGACCAGACUAUCAAGACCAUGGCAGAAUAUCUAGGCUUAGGGACAGAUGAAGCAGAGGAGGACUUUGGCGUGUGGCAAGUAAAAACAAUGGUGGCUAUCAUUUUCAGCAUGCUCUCUGAAAAUUGUGAUCACAUAUUUACUGACCCUGAAACUGUGAAAUACAAGUACGAAACAGGUCCUUGCAGCAAAUCAGAAACAGUGGAUAGUGAGACAGUAAUACGUGCUAGAGGUUUGCCUUGGCAGUCUUCAGACCAAGAUAUUGCCCGAUUUUUCAAAGGACUCAAUAUUGCCAAAGGUGGCGUGGCCCUUUGUCUGAAUGCUCAAGGAAGAAGAAAUGGUGAAGCAUUAGUUCGAUUUGUCAAUUCUGAGCAGAGAGAUCUGGCACUGGAAAGACAUAAGCAUCACAUGGGUAGCAGAUACAUUGAGGUUUACAAAGCAACUGGGGAAGAAUUCUUAAAAAUUGCAGGAGGUACCUCCAAUGAAGUGGCUCAGUUCUUAUCUAAAGAGAAUCAAGUUAUCAUCCGGAUGAGAGGUCUUCCAUUCACUGCUACUCAGGAGGAUGUUCUGGGAUUCCUGGGGCCAGAGUGUCCAGUCACAGGAGGGAAAGAAGGACUUCUCUUUGUCAAGUACCCAGAUGGCAGGCCCACAGGAGAUGCAUUUGUGUUGUUUUCCUGUGAAGAAUAUGCACAGAAUGCACUUAAAAAGCACAAAGAAAUACUUGGGAAGCGUUACAUUGAACUCUUCAGGAGCACAGCAGCAGAAGUUCAGCAGGUACUUAAUCGAUACAUGUCAACUCCUCUUAUUCCCACCCUCCCAACUCCCAUCAUUCCUGUUAUACCCCCACCAUAUACAAUUGCCACGGGUAGCAUACGGGACUGUGUCCGGCUUAGAGGCCUUCCUUACACUGCUGGCAUUGAUGAUAUCCUGGACUUCAUGGGAGAUGCCACAGCUGAUAUAAAGCCUCACGGAGUUCACAUGGUCCUUAAUCAACAGGGACGGCCAUCAGGUGAUGCUUUUAUCCAAAUGAAAUCUGCUGACAAAGCCUUUAUGGUGGCUCAAAAAUGUCACAAAAAAAUGAUGAAGGACCGUUAUGUGGAAGUAUUCCAGUGUUCGGGAGAGGAGAUGAACUUUGUUUUAAUGGGUGGCACUUUAAAUCGUAGUGGCUUAUCCCCACCGCCAUGUAAGUUACCAUGUCUUUCUCCACCAGCUUAUGCUGCUUUUCAGACAGCAGCUGUGAUCCCAGCAGAAGCAGCGCUUUACCAGCCACAAGCCCUCUUGCCAACAGCAAGGACUCCCCAGGCCUCAGCUGCUGCUCCUCCAGCUGUUACCUACUACCCAGCUCAGGCUGCUCAGCUUUAUAUGAACUACACAGCUUACUAUCCCAGUCCUCCAGUAUCCCCUACCACAGUGGGAUAUCUUGCAGCUCCUCCAGGAGCUGUAGCUGCUGCUGCCACUGCCACCCACACUCCACUUCUACCCCAGCCUGGAGCAUUAGUUCGAAUGCAGGGUUUGCCAUAUAACACAGGAAUGAAGGAGAUUCUAAGUUUCUUCCAGGGAUACCAGCUCCACACAGAUUCCAUCCUCAUGCUUUACAACUUUAGUGGCCAGCCCAGUGGAGAGGCAUUGGUGACUUUUCCAAGCCUGGAUCUAGCUAAGAGAGCAGUGGCUGAGAAAAAUGGACAGCUCCUGGGAGGCUGCUGUGUAGAACUGUUGCUGGUCUAACUAAACACUCUCUGGGGCAUGGGGAAGGAAUGUCACGCUGAACACUGUGCCUUUUACAAAAUAAGGAGUCUUCCCUUGCCACCCCUGCAGCAUCAAAUGUGCCUUUUCAACAUGCUAUGUUGGAAUGUAGAGUGGUACAUGUCCUGUAUUUAAUUUGAAAAAGGGUGUAUUGUAUGCCAAAGAUAAAGCAACAGGAAAAUGUAUGCAGUUGAAUUACUUAUUGUGUUAUGUACUUGUUUGAAAAUAAGCAAACCCUUUAUUGGCAACUUGUUAAUUCUGAAGACAGUCUAAUAGCACUUCAGCUAUCGCAGCCAUGGGAGAAACCUAUUGCCUGUUCAGUAGCAUUUGAAGUGGAAAGUGAAGCUUGAGUCAUUCAGAUUCUUCUGUGUUUAGUUUUUAAGAGUUUACAAUUGGCGAAGUGUCUGUUUUUUGUAGAAUUUAAAUGUCUUUAUAAAGGGCUUUUGGAAUGUGUAGUGUUCCCAACUCAAAGCAUGUAUCUUUUUUUUUCAUUGUUCUUGAUUGGAAAAUACCAGGAUGCUGGACCCCAAGUACAGUUGUGUUUUCUCAUGUUUUCGUUAUGUUGUUUUGCAAAAGCCAUAUUUGUCUUUCCUACCAGCAUACUGCUGCCAAAUAUGUAAAGCAAAAAAUAAAAACAGUAGCAAAAACAGAAGAAUCCUCUGUGCCCAGACAUUAUUCCCUACCCCAACCCCAAAUUUUUAAUUCUCUACAGGACAAAAAUGGCACAUAAACCUGAGUACUAAUAAGUUAUAUUUUUUUAUUUAAGCGUAAUAGCUUUCAAAUACUGUAUUAAAAAUUUUGCUCUAGUUUAUGUGCAUGCAAUUUGUUUACAUCUUUAAACUACUUUAUUUGUAUAUUAUGAAACAACAAGAUAUGUUGAAAUCUAAAUUCUCUAGUGCAUGCUUUUUUCUUUUUGUGUGUAUAUACAUAAGCUAGAAGUACUUUGUCAUGUAGCAUGUGUUUAAAAAAAAAAAAAGACAUCUGCUGUAGAAGCACUAAAUGACUUUGUUUUUACCGUGCCUUACUUCAGAACUAUUCCAAGUGCAAUACCAGCAGAGCAAAACAUGAGUCCUUUUGUGACAUGUUCAUGGAUGUCUGGAUUGAUUUUUUGUUUGUUUUGUUAGCGUACAAUGCGUUGUACUUAAAGGAACUGAAUGAUGUAUGCUUCUUUAUAUUACAACGAAUAAAAGAGAUGCUUACGA